CCUAUUGGAGCAAUUUAAAUUCCGACUUGAUAUUAAGGAUCAACAUGAAGGUCGGACAGUUUUCCUCGAAGCAACAGAAUUCCCUGCUCUAGUUGAUUGGUUUCUUUAUAGCAUGAAGUUUAAUGUAAAUGAGAGAGAUAAUGAAGGUUGGACUUCGUUACACUUCAUUAUGGAACUUAAGCACGAGGAAUUUAUUAUUCCUACUUUAAAAGAACUUCUCCAACACGGUGCCGAUCCAACCAUCGAAGAUUGUAACGGCUAUAAUCCUCUUGGAUACGCGGAUCAUCCGAUGUUUGAUGGAAAAUAUACCGGAAUUCCAAAAUGA